AUGGCGUCUCAGCAGGUUAAUGAGGUGGAGGAGGUUAUCAAGGAGCUCAAAACCAAUCCGGGGUUCUCGGCGUACGUCAUCAUGAACAACGACGGGAUUGUGAUCAAGUACGAGAGCAUGGAGUACCGAGCGGCCGUGCACCACGCGGCGUUGGUGCUUGACCUCGCCAGCAAAUCGAAGAAGUACAUGCGAGAACUCUUCGAGCCACCGGACAACGACGUGGAAUCAUUGCGGCUGAGAACAGGGGAGCACGAGAUGAUCAUCGCCUUACAUGAGAGUUUCACCCUGGUAGUCGUUCAACAGGACCCCAACUCCAACAAGAAGGUGGAGGAAGAGGAAGAGGGCGCCGAAGGAGAGGAGGAGAAGAAAGACUAG